AUGGAGUACUUCCACGCCAUCCCGGCCGGACAGGAGAGCGACAGCGGCGACGACUUCGACAUGGGCGACCAGCUGCAUGAAAACAGUGCUGAAUUAAUCCAGGCUGAAGACACAGAAGACACACUCCGGAUGAAAGCAGCCUUGAUGAGAGGAGACACUAAAACUGUGGCUCAGCUGUUGGACAAAGGUAUGGACGUGGAGACCGGGCUGGCGUGUGGCUGGACUCCUCUCAUGUACUCCGUCAGCGCAGUUCACUGUGAAAUGACCAAGCUGCUGCUGGAUCGAGGAGCGAGCGCCAACAGCAGCAAAGAGGACCGGACGGCGCUCAUGAUGUGCUGCACGGCGUCUGCCACAGAGGACAGCAUCGCCUCCUGCAUGGAGCUCCUGCUGACCCGAAACGCCGAUCCCAACGUGGUGGACAGGUCCGGGACGAGCUGCCUGAUGAUGGCGGCCAGGAACGGCCACAGCUCCGUGGUCAACCUGCUGGUGUCCCGCGGCGCCGACAUCGACCUGAGUAACGGCGAAGGAUACACGGCUCUGUCCGUCGCCGUGCAGUACAACCGGGUGGAGGUGGUGCUGAAGCUGCUGCAGCUGGGAGCCGACCAGACCAUCAGGACCCGGGCGGGGAAGAGCGCCGCCCUGCUGGCCGCAGAACUCAGACGCACUCAGAUCUCCAGGAUCCUGUCGUCCUCGCUGGGCGCCGGGCCGGACCAGGACUCCAGAGAGGAGCUUCUCUCAAGGUUCCUCAACAGCAGCGCUCCGUCUUCAGCAGUGAGUGCGAACAAACUGAGUGAGGUUGAGCUUCUCCUGCACGGCCUGCAGCUGGGCCACCUGGUCGACGUCCUGAACGAGCAUGACGUCACCUGGAGCGACCUGGUGUCCAUGAACGAGGACGACCUGCAGAAGGUGGGGAUCGGGGACCCGUCGGACCAGCAGAAGGUUCUGAGCACCGUGAAGCUGAUGACCCUGGAUCAGGUGGACCUGGACACCAUCAGUCAGCUGGACACUUCCACCCUCGGGAGCGAGGAUCUGCAGAACUUCCUCCUGGGUGUGAGCCAGCAGUGCUGCUCCCUGACGGAGGUGCUGCAGGACACCAUCCGCCACUUCCCCCAGCAGGCCUCGCAGCUGGUCUUCUCUCUGGACCCCAAGAAGGAGGCCCGGGCUCUGUGCCGGCAGCUGAUCGUGCAGGCCAGCGACCUGCAGAAGGAGGCCACCUGCCUCCACAACCUGCUGUGCCAGAUGGCUGACUCCACAGAUGCUGGUCUCCCUGGUCCUGGUCCUGGUCCGGCCCCCAGAGGCCGCUCCCUGACCCGGGUCGCGGUCACCAUGCUGGCCUCGGCCUCCGUCCUCCUGCUCCUCUGCAGAGCCGCCGGGGGAAACGCCGGCUGCUUCCUGAGCAGGAGCCUCCACUGA